UAGGGUUCCUCCUCUCGGCAGCCGCCCCGGAGCUCGGAGCCGCGAACACCGAACCCCGUGGGAGCCCGGAACUUCCCCGGGUGGCGGCGCCAGCGGCCCUCGGAGCCGCUCGGGCCCCAGCGGCACAAGGCUGUGACGCGUAGCGAUGGGGAGACCCAGGAAAGAGCCCAGUGGCACGUCAUCCCCUCGGCCGGCCACAGCUGCCUCCAGAACCGCUGCCGCCGCACCACCACCACCUUCCAGCUCGGCCACUCGGGUCAAGGCCAUGGCUGCGAGCAGCCGAUCCCGGAGCACUCCAGCUGCUGGGGCUGCUGGCACCAGCCAGGGGCAGAGGGCAAAGCCGGACUCCUCACAACCAAGACCCUCAGCAUCCUGUGGAGCUCAAGGGGGUGCUGGGGACCAGCACAGAACACCUGCCAGGAGGUCCUCUGCAACCCCAAAGAAGCCACCCGCCACCAAAGGAGCUGCUGGUCCAGCCAGCUCUGACCAACAUCCACAGAAGAAGCAGCCUGGGGCUGACCCAAGUGGGGCGUUAGGUAAGUUCCUGCCCCCCCUGGAGAGCCAGGACAUCGCGUGGGUGGAGAAGGAGACCCGGGGCCAGCAGAGCAACCCCAAGUGGUACGAGUGGCGGGAGAACCGCAUCACUGCCUCCGUGGCCCCUAGGAUUGCCAACAGCAAGUUCGCCAACGGCAAGACGGACGAGGUGCCUCAGUCCUAUCUGAAAGCAGUGGUGAGCUCCAGCAACAAGGUGCAGACGCCAGCCAUGUCCUGGGGGGUCCGCAAUGAGAAGGCAGCUGUGCGGGCCUACGAGCAACUGAAGUCACAGGCAGUGGGCAAACCAGUGCAGGUGGAGGACUGCGGGCUCUUCAUUCACCGGGACAAGGAGUGGAUCGCUGCCAGCCCAGAUGGCAUCAUCAAGGAGGCGUCCACGGGGAAGGCCCUGGGGCUGCUGGAGGUCAAGUGUCCCUACAAACACAGGAACAGGACCGUGCGUGAGGCCUGCAAGGACAAGGAUUUCUGCCUGCAGGUGGACGGGGAUUCCUAUGCCCUGAAGAAAGAUCACCCCUACUUCACGCAGGUUCAGUGCCAGCUGGCAGCUGCUGGCUUCCAGCAAGCCGAUUUUGUGGUGCACACCACCAAGGAGACAGCCGUGGCUCCUGUGAAGUUUGAUGCUGAGUUCUGGGGCCAGACAGUGCCAAAGCUGGAGAAGUUUUACACCGAGGCAGUGAUUCCCCACCUGGAGGAGAAGGCAGGCAGCUCUGUCUGGGCCAAGGAGGAGUAGACCCCCCCAGCCUUGCCCACCUGCAUGCUUGCUUGGCUGCACAAACACAACUUUGGCUCUUAGCAUAGAAAUUAUGCCUGGUUUUGUUGCUGUUCUUGGCCCGUUCGCUGCCUCUGUCCCAAACCAACUGCCUCAGGACUGAAAUGUCAUACCAGUAGUACUCUGCCUUGGCUAAGGGCCCCCACAGUGAUUUCUUCCUGCCCCAGCUAGGCCAGUGCUUGGUCCCCAAUCCUGUCCAUCACUGUGUUUCCCAUUUGACCCAACGACACUGCCUGAUGGAGGCUGGCACAACUCCAGAUCUGUGGGGGAAACCAGUGAUGCCUCUGUGCUGGAAUAACAGACUUACUUUCUGGAGAAAACUGGAUCCUUCGGUACCUUAACUGCUGCCAGGACUAAUGGUAAUUCCAUGCUAGAGUGAAGACAGAGCCAGAGUUUUUUUCAGAACCCAAGAGCAAAACACAGCUUUUGAGCUGUGAUGUGCCUUAAUCACAGUAAGGGCACACAGACAUCCUUCCUACCUGAGACACUGGAUGGACAGCCUUCCCAAGCCAUUGGACCUGGUCCUGAUUUACAGUGAUCCAUGAUGCUCCCGAAGAGAUGGCUGAAGCCUCAGGAAGAUGGUGCCCACCAAAGAGGUUGUCCCCAAGCCCACACAGCUCCCGUGGCAGGGUGGAGAGGUGGUAAUCACUAUUAAAUACAAGAUGCACUGGUGUGUU